AUGUCAGUAGAUGCGGAGAUUACAAAAAUUAACGAAGGGAUAGCGCAAGUACACUUGGCACUGUAUAAAUUCAAUAAUCAACUGGAUGGCAUACUGCAAGGCCUAAAUGAUAAUUUGAACGAUUUCGAUGCUGAGGUCAAUAAUGCCGUUGGAGCAGUAAAUGGUGUGAGCCAUGACGUCAUCAAUAUUUUCAGUUAUUUUCCUAACGAAAUGGUGUACUAUGUAAUACUGGUCCUGCUUAUAUUUGCACUGAACUUUCUAUGUGUCUACAUGGUGUACUAUAUUUACAAGUGGGUCCUCGAAAAAGAUCUCCGAUUUGACAAAGAAGUGCGAAGAUAUCGCAAGAAAGUCUAUCAAAUUAUUGGCGAGUGCAGGUCACAAAGCGCUUUGGAAAAUAUCGAGACUCCGCCUCCAACAUAUGAUGAGUAUGUGAAAACAGCCGAUUUGUAUGUGAAAUAUCAUAGAAACGGCCACAUUACCACGACAUCUGGUUUGGCCUAAACAAUUUCUCUUGUGACAUCGAAUGCACACAGAUUCUCAUAUGAAUAUAAUAAUGUCGACUAGAUGCCU